GUGUAAUCGAGAGUCGCGCGAGUAAACUUCCGAAGAAGUCCUUUUUUUCUUUUCUCACAUACAAUCAAACAAAAAUCAAGUUUUAAUAUCAAGUUCUUUUGCUGAGUUGGCUUAAAGAGUAUCGAUAUGUAACGAAUGAUUUUUAAUCAACUUCAGGACAAGUUUGACCUCGGCGGGGAAAAGAUUUUCCGAAGAAGACAUGAGAACCAAGUCGGAGGACCUGAAGGUGUAGGAGGCAAACGAUGGCAGCGCAGUUCACUAUUGAUGACGCCUUCGUCCUGGAUGAUGGAGAAGAGGAGGGGGUUGUGUCUGAUGGAGAGACAGACGGGUGGAAAGGCAGAGACAAGGACAGAGAUGGAGAGAUGACAUUCGGUCCCCUGACUUUCUCCAAACCUCAGUCUCAUCCUUCCCCUGCUGCCACUGGCUCCCCUGAGCACAGUAACCUGAAGUACCAGAACCUGGAAAACGAAGAAGUCCUGGGCAACAAUGGCAAUUCCUCCUUCAAUAACUUCUUCAAAAUCAGCGACCCCUCGACUCUGUCUUACUGCAGCUCCCAGUGGUCCUUCAGCACACUGAGUUCGGUCACGCAGCUCUCUGCACACUGCUGUGGGUGGGUGUCCCAUCCGCUGGUGAAGAAAAACAGAAGAGUUGUUCUCGCCUCAUUCCUCCUCCUCAUCACUGGAGUCGCUCUCAUUUUCACAGGGAUCGUCAUACAGCUUAAUCCAAACGCAGGUGUUUCAAGUGCCAUUUUCUUCAUACCUGGAUUUCUGCUCUUUAUCCCCGGAGUCUACCAUGUGAUCUACAUCAGCUGUGCAAUCCGAGGCAGAAGAGGCUUCAAGUUGUUCUACCUGCCUUAUUUUGAAAAAUGAACUUUUAUGACACUACAUUUUCACUCCUUUUCUACGUUUGUUUCAUUAAACUGAAGAGUAUUUUGUCACUCGUGUUAACGUUUACUGUCCCGUUGUCUUUUUGAAUCAUUGUAAUGACCACUACUACUUGAACCGCUCCGUGCUUCGACUGUUUU